AUGGGAAAGUCGAAGAACAACAAGAAAGUGGCAAUCGCUGCUAAACCUGUUAAUUCUACUGCUCUUACUCAGGGUUGCAUCAGUUUUUCGCAAAAAAGCCGAGCCGAAACCGCCGAAAUUCGAUUGAAAAAGGAAUCCGACGAUUUGGACCCCCCAAUCGUCAACAACAACAGCGACACCACCAAGAUGGAAGAGGUCGAGUAUCCACUGAAGUACAAUCGCAUUGUCCAGAACAUCGAUUCAUCUCAGUGGAACCUGCAAACCCUUGCCUAUUUAUGCACAAUCCACCAUGCUCGUGGUCAAUGCAACAAUAAAAAAGAAGUGGUCUUCGGAAACGAGCUGUUCUUGGCAUGGGAGAACGAGCCCAAUUUCCACUGGCCUUGGUGCGAAGGGUAUUCUGAAAAUUGCGUAGACCCUCCGGAGACUGAAUCCUGGGAGGCGGCUGCCGACAAGCUACUACAGAUUUGUGAUGGGGACUGGAACUUGAGGUUGAGCCCUGUUUACUAUUGGAAAUUACGCUCUCUGGCCAAAGUAUGGGCCAUUGCGGUUGAACUUCUAGGGCACCCAUGGACCGACCCCGAAACGACAACGGUGGUAACGGAAUUAUCUGAGCGUCGCUCAGCCGCCAAGGGCAGAAAACGUGAGCGCAAUCAGGACCCAUCAACUGCAAGGAAACCGGCUCCUAUUGACCCUCGCUCUCCUGUGCGAGGGUUCUUUCCGGAGGCCACCCCAAAACCAGUUCGCGACUUUAUUGAUUCUGAUAAGGAGGAUGCAGUGAUGGAGGACACAACAGGUCCAUCGGUAAUCAGCCCCACCAAUAAACCAGUCAACGGCAAGUUUGCUUAUUGGUCUGACAAUGAUGGGUUGGAGUCCAUUGAGUCGGCUCGCGACUUUCUGGCACCAUCUCAUUCAGAUCACGCUCCUACGGAAGUGGUUGUUGGCAAUUCACCUGCCCCAGCCCAGCGGGCCAACGAUCCCUCUGCAACGAAGAAGGCUGCUAUUCGGACCAAGUACCUCUCUGAAGAAAUGAAAGCCUGCGAAGUGACACAGAUGAAUUUGACUGGGCUUCCUCGCUCAAACGCCCAGAUCCUCUGCGCUACAAUCAACUAUGAAUGGGAUGGCGACACAUCUGAGGGUGGUUCUAUUGAAAAGUGUUUCAUUGAAGAAAUGGUCUUGGUUCUGUCUAUGGCUAUGGACAACGCUGAGGGCGACUUGGUCAUCCUUCCGGUGAGCGAACUCCAUGUAUGGGACAAGAAGUUGUGGCUGACCUCUAAGGAGAAAGUGGAGAGCUCACUUACAAGAAGCCAAGCCCUACAUUGA